AAUAAGCCAUUGUCUGUUCAAGUAAAUGUUGCACUCUCACUACUCAUCUCAACAAGAUAAGAGUUAAUUUAAUGCAGAAUCUCCGAAACUGAGAUGCGACGAUCGAAGUAGCCGGGGUUAUUAUUAUACCAAGCGUGCGUAGCGGAGCGAAAAUCUGCUGACUCAUCGACAACAGUGAGGAGGCCGGGUGCAACGCGUUCAUAAAAACGAUCACACGCGCAAUUAGUUUGGAAUCAUAGCUAGUAGAAAUUGACUUGGGUCGAAGCGUUGAUUUCAUAUGAUGAGUAGGUACAAAAUAGAUGGUCAAUACUAUUUUCAUAAAUAGUUUAUUGAUAUUUAUAGGCGCUAUUAUACAAUCGAACAAGCCACAAAAUAAGAAAGCCAAGGUGAAACAUUGUCUACCGUCAACUCGUACAAUAUUGCAGGCUGCUUUGAUGUGUUAAGCACUGGUGAAAUCGACAGAAAACUUCCGAGCCUUCUUUGUUCUGAAAGCAAGAAUUCUUUCGAUGAAACCCAACGCACAGUAUUUCUAAACAAUUGACAGCUACAACACCUACGCAGACGUGCCCUGCUAGCAGACCUGUUUCUUAGUUUUGAUAGGCUUGAAAGGUUUGCUUUUAAUUACUUUUUCUUCACUUUCUUCUCACCUGUUGCAUCGGACACGAGCCAGGCGAAUGCUUUUAUAAGCUUCCACUCUUCAUCUGAAAAAUAAACUCUCUCAGCUAACGGUAUAGUGGUCGGAAAGAAAGUUUUUUGACACUAGUAUCAGUUCGGCCGCUGAAAUAAACUGAUUACUGGGAAUUAUUUCGCUUCAGAAAAAGGUGAAUAGUUAUCGGAAAAAUAUCACAAUGGCGGCCGCAAUUUUGGACAACCUGGACACGGAACUGUUUCGGACGUACGCCUUCUGGAGUGUUAUAUUGGUGCUGAAAAUGCUGGCCCUGUCCCAGCUGACCAGUCUGACGAGAGUGCGCAAGAAGGUCUUCGCCAACCGUGAGGACGCCGCAACGAUCAGCCCCACAUUGAAGCCAAAAUUUGACGAUCCACACGUGGAACGAGUACGCAGAGCCCACCGCAAUGACCUUGAGAACAUACUGCCCUUCUUUCUGGUGGCCUUCCUGUAUCUGCUAACCCGGCCGGAUCCCGCGCUGGCAGCCAACCUGAUCCGGGUGGCGGCAGUUGGCCGCAUUGUCCACAGCAUCGUGUACGCCGUGAUCGUACUGCCACAACCGGCACGCCUACUGAGCUACGCCGUUACCCAGCUGGUGAUGGCAUUUAUGGCCGUUAAGUGUAUUUGGUUUUUUCUGUGAAUGACCAUCCGAAUGCCGGUGAAUCACUAGUAAUUGUUCGUCUCUAGGUGUUGAAACAUGAGACAAUAUAUGUAGUUUGGGUGCGAAUCGAACUUUGGACUUUCAAUAUUAUUUUUCAGUUGUCAUGUUAUGGUGUAAAUUGUUGAACGAAAGAAAAAAAAUGUUAGAAAUCGCUAAUGAUCUCUAAUAAUAGGUAUCAGUGUCCAGCAAGUAACUGAUUAGUUGGGGAGUAGUGUUUACCCGGCAGCUUUCAACGAAAUAAUUACAUAGCUGUACAGUUCAAUGAGUCACUCGUUUCUAGUUUCGCGUGUGGGUGACUCAAGCAAUCAUUCGAUGAUAACGUUUUCCACGUAAGUUAUAUCUGGAAGAGAAAUUCUUUA